AAAGCUGUGAUUACAGAGGGGUCCGACGAGCGAGGCGGAUCGCAGUACAGUUCCCCCGCUACUCGCGUUGCCUUUCCUCGACGGACCAGACGCCUUGGGGGCCACCGGAGAGAGGCCGAGCGGAGAGCAGGAAGCGGCGGGGGCGGAGAAGGGAAACGCAGGAUGAAGCGAUUCUUCAAGCCCGUCGAGAAAGACGGCCCCAGCAAGAAGCCCGCCCCGUCUCAGAGCUGCGACGACGGCGGAGCGACGGGCGAUGAGAAGAAGAGGAGGAAGGACCCAUUGAAGUUCGUGACUUGGAAUGCCAACAGCUUGCUCCUCCGCGUCAAGAACAACUGGCCCGAAUUCGCCAAGUUCGUCUCCGAUCUCGACCCGGACGUCAUUGCAAUACAGGAAGUAAGGAUGCCUGCAGCUGGUUCAAAAGGCGCGCCAAAAAAUCCUGGAGAGUUGAAAGAUGAUACAAGCUCCUCACGAGAGGAAAAGAAGAUACUGAUGCGCGCGCUUUCAAGUCCCCCCUUUGGAAACUAUUGUGUUUGGUGGUCCCUUGGAGAUUUCAAGUAUGCAGGGACUGCGCUUUUAGUGAAGAAGUGCUUCCAGCCAAAAGUCUCCUUUUUACUUGAUAGCAAAGCAUCAAAGCACGAGCCAGACGGUCGAGUUAUCUUGGCUGAAUUUGAGACAUUUCGUUUGUUGAAUACAUAUUCCCCUAACAAUGGUUGGAGGGAUGAGGAGAACUCAUUUCAAAGAAGAAGGAAGUGGGAUAAAAAGUUACUAGAGUUUGUUGUCAAGUCGUUAGACAAGCCCUUGAUUUGGUGCGGUGAUCUUAAUGUGAGCCAUGAAGAGGUUGAUGUAAGUCAUCCAGAUUUCUUUAGCGCCGCAAAACAAAAUGGUUAUGUCCCUCCUAAUGCAGAGGACUGUGGACAGCCUGGAUUUACCUUGGCUGAGAGGAAGCGCUUUGGAGCCAUAGUGAAGGAGGGAAAACUCAUAGAUGCAUACCGAUACCUGCACAAAGAUAAAGAUAUGGAGUGUGGCUUCUCGUGGUCCGGAAAUCCUAUUGGGAAGUAUAGAGGAAAAAGAAUGAGAAUCGAUUAUUUCAUAGUUUCGGAGAAGUUCAAAGAUAGGAUCAGAUCAUGUGAGAUGCACGGGCGAGGGAUUGAAUUGGAAGUUAAUAUCUCUGCAGCUUCAGCCUCAUGCUAAGACAUUGAGCACAACGCAGGUUUUUAUGGAAGCGACCAUUGCCCUGUCUCCCUUGAGCUUUCAGAAGCCAUAUCAGAUUCUGUGUAGAGCCAAGUUUUCAACUUGAGGUUAUGAUAUUUCAUGCAUUCCUGUGAUGGGCAUCUAUUCGAGCGACAGUGCAUUUAUUUAUAGAAGCAUGGUACAGGUGUUUGUCAGACUGAAAUUCAAUAUUAGGAUUAAUGUGUCCAAAAUCAUGUUAAUAUACCUGCAAUGGCCCGUCAGCAUAUACAUUUCUGGUCAAGUUUUGGGCUAACCAAUUAUUAAUGUGAAGCGGUAGAUUCGGAAUUACUGUAUUGUUUGUUUUA